CGCGAAAAGGGUGUGUGUUUUGAAGGUUGAGACUCAGCGCCACCGCCACUGCGGACGCGACCAGACGCUGCGCGGCUUGCUCUCCCUGGAAAAGCCCCUGAAGCCGGGGCGGAGCUCUGCGCAGCCACCCUUCCUUCAUUGACCCCACCAAUGUCCUCUCCUCCAGGAAAAGACGCGGAUGUGUCGAGAAGGAAAUGAAAAGUUGAAAUGCUGUGUGGCAUCCACGCCACUUCCCACCAAGGUCAGUGUCCGUGUUCGGAGUCGGUGCCUCCGGCUGUCGGAGGGGGAGAAGAGGCGUGGAGGGGAUGCCACCGUGUGUCGCCUGUCUCCCGCAUCAACACCUCUCAGCGUGGAUUGCUGCUAGCGCGGAUCCACUCGGGUGAAAACCUCCGUGGGAAACAUUAGUCUCGUGUUGUUGUUGUUGAACUCCAGAAGCAUCCCGGCGCUUCCUGCUUCCUUCACCUGAGAGCAAGCUAGCCAAGUCGGCUCUCUCUCCUCGAGUCAUUCUCGUCGGUGAUAUGCUGCUCAGCUGGUUACCAAGUUCCGAGUAACUUCUCCGAACUUUCCCUCCACACCAACUCUGUUUUCACGGCGGAAAUUGUCGGGCACCAUGUCUCCGGGGACGAGCUUCAGUCGGACUGUUCCGCAGCGCGGUUUGCUGCUGCUGCUGCUGCUGCUUCUGCUGGAGGGCUCGGGGUCCCCUCUCGGGGCUGCGAGUUCUCCGGAUGUCAGACACCACCAGACCCCGGCACCUCAUCAUAAGGCGGAGGGUGUGGGCAACGGCACCAAGAAGCCCUUCCCGGUGCUGAGCCUCGACUACGAGCACGUUCGUCUGCCCUUUGAGAUCACGCUAUGGGUUCUGCUGGCCUCUUUGAUGAAGUUAGGCUUCCACCUAGUUCCUCGUCUGUCCAGCAUCGUGCCAGAGAGCUGCCUGUUGAUCACGGUGGGCCUGCUGGUCGGCGGCUUCCUAAAGCUAGCAGGAGAGGAGGUCCCGCCGGUGUUGGAAACCAAAGUUUUCUUCCUCUGCUUGCUUCCUCCCAUCAUCCUGGAUGCUGGAUACUUCCUCCCCAUCCGUCCCUUCAUGGAGAACCUGGGCACCAUCCUUAUGUUUGCGGUCGUGGGGACCCUGUGGAAUGCCUUUUUUAUCGGCGGCCUGCUGUACGCCGUGUGCCAGAUCCAGCCCAACCUGCACCAGCUGGAGCUCCUGCCGUGCCUGUUGUUUGGCUCCAUUAUCUCUGCAGUGGAUCCUGUGGCUGUGCUGGCUGUGUUUGAGGAGAUCCACAUAAAUGAGCUGCUUCACAUCCUGGUGUUUGGAGAGUCGCUGCUCAAUGAUGCUGUAACUGUGGUGCUCUACCAUCUUUUUGAAGAGUACUCAGGUGUUGGCACGGUGACCGUACUGGACGGCUUCUUGGGUGUCAUCUCCUUCCUGGUGGUUGCACUUGGUGGCGUUCUGGUCGGAGCCAUCUACGGAAUCCUGGCUGCCUUCACGUCACGCUUCACGUCACACACGCGUGUCAUCGAGCCGCUUUUUGUCUUCGUCUACAGCUACAUGGCCUACCUGUCCGCCGAGGUGUUCCACCUCUCUGGCAUCAUGGCGUUGAUCGCGUGUGGGGCUGUGAUGCGGCCAUAUGUGGAGGCCAACAUUUCACACAAGUCCCACACUACCAUCAAGUAUUUCCUGAAAAUGUGGAGCAGCGUCAGCGAGACUCUGAUCUUCAUCUUCCUCGGCGUGGCAACAGUGGACGGUGAUCACAAGUGGGACUGGACCUUUGUCACAGUUACUGUCAUUCUGUGUCUGGUGGCGCGGGUCAUAGGUGUGGUCGGUUUGACCUUUGUGAUCAACAAGUUUCGGAUUGUCAAGCUGACCACUAAAGACCAGUUCAUCAUAGCGUACGGGGGCCUGCGUGGAGCCAUCGCCUUCUCUCUCGGCUUCCUGUUGAAAGAGGAUCAUUUUCCACUGAGGAGGUUGUUCCUUACCGCCAUCAUCACCGUCAUCUUCUUCACCGUCUUCGUACAGGGCAUGACCAUCAAACCUCUGGUGGAGCUGCUGGCAGUGAAGAAGAAGCAAGAGGCGAAACGAUCGAUUAAUGAGGAGAUCCACACCCAGUUUCUUGACCAUCUUCUGACGGGUAUCGAGGACAUCUGUGGCCAUUAUGGACAUCACCAUUGGAAGGACAAGCUCAACCGUUUCAACAAGAAGUAUGUGAAGAAGUGUCUGAUCGCAGGCGAGCGGUCCAAGGAGCCACAGCUUAUUGCCUUCUACCACAAGAUGGAGAUGAAGCAGGCCAUUGAGCUGGUGGAGAGCGGAGGGGGAGUCAAGCUGCCGUCUGCACUGCCCUCUACUGUUUCAAUGCAAAACAUUCAGCCAAAGAAGCCUGCGCCUGCCAAACCUGCGGAGCCACCACCGAAUCAGAUGUUCAAAGGCAGAGAGGAGGAGAUCCGAAAGAUGCUCAGGAGCAACCUCCAGAGGACGCGUCAAAGGCUGAGGUCCUACAACCGACACACUCUGGUGGCUGAUCCGUACGAGGAUGGCAUCGGUGACCUGUUGUUAAAAAAGCAGAAGAUGAUCGAGUUGGAGAAGAAGAUAAAAGAGAUGAAGAACUACCUGACGGUGCCGGCUGCUCCGCCCGACUCCCCGACCAUGUGCAGAGCCAGACUGGCUUCAGGCAGAGAUUGCGAUUUCAAACCUGCUCAGAGACAGAGAGAUGAAAAUAUAAGUCCAGAUCCUCAAGCCUACAGCAUGAAGCCGAUGGCGGAUGGUCUUCCAACCAUCCAGAUCGACCUGGCAUCCCCCCAGAGCCCUGACUCGGUCGACGUUAUGGACGAGUUCAAAAAGGCCGGCCAGCAGCACAGGAAGCAAGAGGAGGGGCAGGGCGAGGAGGAGCAGGGCCUGAUGAUGAAGCCCCCGGCAGGAACUCGAAAGCCAGGUGGGGAGGACAAGGACCAGCAGAAGCUGAUGAGGUGUCUGAGUGACCCCGGACCAAGUCCGGAGGAGGAGGACGACGAGGAUGAGCCGUUUCUGCCUUGAGGCGGAGACUUUUCCUUGUCAAACCGGGUACUUUAUAAUCUGUUGAGAGCCAAAACUUCAAGUGAAACCAUGUUGUGAGGGUCGGGGAGGAAGCCAUCAGUUCAUUUUAGUCGCGCUCUUUCUUGGUGGGGCAGAAGAGUGACUGUUUUCUGAAAGCUUUCUCGUCUUUCAGAGGAGAUCUAUGCAUUACCAAAGGUUAACUCAGAAGACGCCAUUUUCACCGCCACCGUCAUCCAUGAAUAUAUUUGGUGACCACAUGAUUCAUAUAAAGCAAAGAGCAUUUUAGGUCCAUGUUGUUUAGCUUCUUUAAGUACUUUAUUAAAAAUAAAAAAUAAAUAAAGGUAAAUAGAUUUUUCAUUAAAAAUCUGCUCUCAACUGAAUCAGUUGAUUCGUUUGACCAGAUUUCUUUUUCUAUUUUGUUGAAUAAAUCUGAAGACUGGAGCCUGUUGGAAACAUGCAUCGCCUUAAUUCAUGUGCUCUUUACAACACACACCGUGCAGCUGCAGCAGAGUGAGCUUCCUGUUUCACUUGCUGAUGCAGAGAGAGGGAGACGCACAGAUGCGAUGAUGUCAGUUUCACCGUGAGAUCACAUGUUGUCAUGACACAUUUCCUCUUUCACGAGAAAACCCUUUAAGACUCGCUCUUGCGGGUCCUUUGCUUUUUUUUUUUUUUAAAUCAGCUUCAAGUGCCCAUCACUUUUAUCAUGUAUAGAUUCAAACCAAAACGUUUCUUGUGCUUGCUGACAUUUUCCAUUUGCCUCUGUGAGAUUGAUUUACGAGCUUCAUCUAUUCAGGGAUGUGAGAAGUGAAAGUACCGAUACUGAACUCAAGACUACAGACUUACUGUGACGGGACACGAAAUAUACUUCUAUGCAGCAUGUGUAUGUUAUGUUAAUGCCCUUUAAGAUCGCUGUCGGGAAUUUACAAAGUUCCUGCUGCUUAAAUCAGACACAUCACUUCAGCAGAGUCGAUUAAAAAAAAAAAAAAAGAGCCUUAAAUCUGUUUAGAAAGUGGAAAAUAAAGAGUGCAGAGGAUUGACAUUUGAAAAGACCUUUCACUCGGGUUGUUCUAUAACUGUGUCUUAAUGGGACCAUGCUGUUUAUUUUGUAACUAUUUUCCUUUCUAAAACUGCCCUUAUAGUCUACAUUUAGUUUUGUCUUUUCAUAUUAACCUCACAUUUAACAAGUCGCCUUACCAGUCUUUUUUUUUUUUUUUUUGGGUAGUAAACAUGAAUAUUUCCACAAUGUUUUUGUUGAAGAGUUAAACUCAAAAGUUAUUCCAAAAUGUACAUGAGCAAAUUACGAUAUUUUUCUUUUUAUAUUUGCAAAAAAAGUCAUAAAAAUAGGUUAAUAUAUUACAAGAAUAGUUGUUGCCUUUUUGAAGAGCUAGAAUUGUAGUUUGAAGUCUUAAAAAGCGAGUGUGAAGGGACGAAAGCUGCAUCCCUGUUAUAAACAUAGUACUCUUCUGUUGAAGUGGAAAGAAAGAUAUUUAACCUGAAGGCCCACCAUGUUGUUCUCUUGAGCUGUCCUCGUGGAACAAAGUCAGCGUCAGCUUGAAUCUCUGUGGCUGACGUCAGUUGUUGGACUGGCUCUUCCAGUUUUCGAUCUUUCUAAGGUGACAACCUCGUGCUUUAUUUACCACUCUAGGGAUUUGCCUUUCAGCCGCAGGGCUCACAUGACACGCGAGGGAAUUCAAGUGGAGAAGUUUAUUUGUUGCUCCAAAGUAACAUGACUCGCCCAAACCAAUUCAAGUGAAUGUUUACUUGACAGAGAUUUGUUAUUAUUUUGAAAUGAAUCCCUGGAUAUUAGUUUUAAUAAAACAGGUUUUAAACCCACAGCCUUUAUGCUCUAAAGAAAAUUGUUCAAGUCCUUCUGUGGGAAGUUCAUUUAUUAACUCUAAAACCAGCAUCAUUCAUCCAGUCGAUUUCAGCUGCAUGAAAUUGAAUUCCUAAACUAACAGAAUUUCCUUCUAAAGCGGAGGGGUACUUGUUUGAUUAUUAGAUGUGUGUGUCAUUUUUCAUUCAUUCAUUCAUUUUAUAUAUAUAUAUAUAUAUAUAUAUAUAUAUAUAUUUUUUUUUUUUCAUUUAAAUUUGAAGAAUGAAUGCAAUGAACACACAUGAAUCUUGUGUGAAGAUAUAAUUAAUUAUUAAACAUGUUAAUUUUGGUUAAUAUAUAUUGCUAAAUUAUGAUUUUUUUAUACAUUAAAAAUACAUAGAUGAACAAAAUAUUGUUUAUAUUAUAUAAAGUAAAUAUGAAAUAAUUAUUUAACUAACAAAUGUCAAAUAUAUCAAUGUCACCCCACACUUUUUGAUAUGUUUUAUAUGGAAAACCACAUGAAAAUUAAAAAAAAAAAAGCUGAAUGAACUAGACUCGCAUUUUGUGCAGUAAGUCUUUAUUUUGAGGUGUUUAAAAUUAGACAAAAAACUUAAAUUAGCAGGCUUUGUUUCACGAAAGCGACCAGCGGGGGGCGUCGUUUUCAGUCGACAAAACAAUCACUUUCCUUUCUUCCAAAGACGGAACACUAUUUUCAUACCAAAAGCAUCUGGUCGUCUCAUGAAUCUGAAGCCAUAGAGCCUUUACCAGAGUUUUUAUUCUUGCACAUCGUCUUUGCCUUCAGUUGCCCGAGCACUUUAACACAUCUGUGCCGUGUUUACUCCACUUGAGUUGUCAUUUUCAUUGAAUGUCUUUGGACUGUAACUCACCAGCAUCUGAUGGUUUCUGUACUCCUGCUUUAUAAAUAGCCAGUGAGCUUUACGUUUAAGUGCUUUACCGUUUCAUCCAAAGUUAUUGUCCAGUUGAAUCGACUCACUGUGUGGUUCACAAUGUUUACAUCACUGCGUGUCAUGAACAUUUUAACCGAAAUAUCACUCAAGAAAAUUCCAAAACAGAUGUGUAGCUGUGUGGAUGGAGCUUUUGUUGCUCCUGCAGGUGAUGCGGAACACGAAUGAGGACGGUUGUAUUUAAUUGAAUAAGGUCGUCCUCGAGUAUUCCUGAGAAACUGGCCACGUCUGGCCUCAGAACUUGUGAGAUUUCAAUCAAUUCCAAAGAGUCUCAUUUGUCUUUGGCUACAUGACCCCUGACCUUCACCUCCUUCACAACUCGAAGCACUUUAACACGCCGGUCGCACAACAUCAUCAACUGCAAUAAGUCGAUUUUCCGCCACGUCUGCUCUGGGUGACGCAUUUUUAGGACUGUAUCUGACAAUUUCUCAAACUUGACAAUGAAGUGGAUCAUAUUUCUGUACUGUUUGUUCAUGUUGAAAAUCUACAAUGAGUUUUUAUUCUUUGUACGUAGGAUGGAAAAGAUGUGUAUAACAUAUAUAUAUAUAUAUCCAAUAUAUAUUUAAGAUGUGUUAUUAUAUUGUACAAACGUUGAAGAGUCGGCACUUAAUCUUAAGCUUCAGCAUUCCUGUAAAACUAACAUCCAACUCUAUACCAAAAUAA